UAAUGACUUCUCGGAUUAUGUACGGUGUAAUGUUAAUUCGUAAUUAGAUCUAAUUAGCACCACCUGCUUUUGGUUGCUAUAUAAGGUCGGAUCACCGAUCUGUUGGCAGACGAAAAUGUUUCGAGCUCUGCUGAUUCUUGUGGUGGGCGUGACCACCAUCUGGGCGAUAAACUACGAUGUGCUGAUCGAGGAUCCGGAUAUCUAUUUGCCGUGCACCGAAAGUCCACCCGGUUCCAUUAGCAUCCACGACCUUUUCGAUUUGAGGAACCUCACAUUGGAGCUGGAGGAAGAUGGCAUUCAUGUUUCCGGGAGUGCCACCGUCAAAUGGGAUUUGCCGGCCACCGAUCGGAUAUCCGCCAGUUUCAGUGUAAUGCAAUACAACCGCGGCACCUGGGAACCUACGGUAUUCAACGUCAAUUCUCCGGAUUUUUGUAAAGCUAUCUUCGAGAAAGAUGAGUAUUGGUACAAAUAUUGGUUUAAGAAUCUUCGUAACACAGAGGAAAUUCGAGAGAAGUGCAUAAAAAAAAAGGGUACUCUUCUGCUUUUUGAUCCGUUUGUUAUGGAACUGCAACUGAACCAGGUUACAGGUCCCAACUUAAGGGGCCGCUAUAAAGCCGUGAUCACCUUUGAUGCCUUCGACGAAUAUAAUGUACGACGUAACACCUCAGUGUGUUUUGAGAUCAGAGGCGACCUUCAGAAGACGAGCUAAACACAUUCCGAACUCUGAACUACAUUACCCAUAUUUUGUUACCCUACGUUAUCUUAAUCGUUCAAAAAUAUAUUAUAUUCAAACAUAUUAACUUAUGCUGCAAAAAUAAAAAUAGAACUGUUUUUUUGUAAUCCUGUUACUAAUAGAAUUAAAGGGUUUAAGAUCACAUUAAAAACGGGCU